AUGGAUCCCUUCGGCCGACUCCCUUGGCUUGCCCUGCAAAAUGUCCUGUCCGCUCUGCCAGAUCUACCGUCGCUCCACAGCCUACACAACGCAUUAUCGGAAGUCGAAAUAUUCCCACACCAAAAUAAUGGCUUAUUCGCCCAGAUUAUAAAUGCCAUCAUCGAAAACACGGCCCGUGAAAGAGGCCUGCUCCAGAUUGUGCAGUGUGCCGUACAGCAACUGACUGAGCAGUCGCGAAGGCGGCAGCGAGAAACAGCCGCAGACCCGAUUGUCAUCAAUAACCUGCGACACCUCGCGGAGCGAUACUCCGACCACCCAACACCCAUCUUAGGGACUAUAUCACCGUCGACGCCAGCGGCUGCUCUGUGUCCGCUGCUCGCGCUAAUGGCCCGGGAAAGACUUUCUGCUCGAAAAGGCGUCGGAUAUGACUUUUACUAA